UUCGCAUUUUAUUUAUUAAUCAUAAAAUGCUUUUUUCAGCUCCUGUGAUGUAAAAACUUGUUGGUACACACUUCCACCACUAGAACAUGUUGUCGCAAUUUUAAAAAAGAAAUAUGAUAAUGCUAGACCUAUGCUUGGUUCUAUUCCACUAGGUGCUAUGAGAAAAAGAUGGAAACAUCCAGAAUCAAAUGAUGAACAAUCAUUGGUAAAAAAUAGAAAAAUAUCGGGAAAAAAUAAUUUAUAUUUGAAGGUUUAUUUGAAGAAUUCGCCAAAUUAUUGCGAGGAAGACGCGGCGACAGGAAGUCAAGGGUAA